AUGUUCAACGGUUUUAAAAGGCAGCGAGGCUCAUGGUCUGCUAUGCAAGCAACUAUUGCAUAUACAAGUCUGCAAGAUGCUCAUCCCAGUGAUGUGGAAGUUGAUUGUCAAAGUAUAGAUUCCUUUGGUGACAUUAGAGUUUUGAACAACCCCAAUAUCGAGCCGGCAAAUACCAACGAUGUUACUAUAAGUGACACUCUAAUUAAUAGAAACGAUGGCGGAUUUGAUGAAAGUGAAGAAAUUACGUCUAAUGAAUUGGCUAUUCUAUCAACCACAAGUUCUUCAGCUUCAAUAUCAUCAUUAGAUCAAAUAGCACCAGAAAUAUGCCCUGUGCAUUCAGGCAAUUCUCAAAAGGUUGAUGAAUGGUGUAUCAAAAAUGAGCAGGCAGGUGAAACCGUUUUUCCUGGAGAUUUAACUUGGAGACAGGAUGUUGGUGAUAAUUUUACGCACCCUUUGCUAAGUGGUCUUUCGAGGGAUCAGAUCUUGGCCAUAAGAAGAUUCUCCAAGGAAUUGUUACCGUUACUGCGUCGAACUCGUCAUAAUGUUCAAAAUAAUAAUAAUAAAUUUCCUCGUCGUUAUAGGGAUAUUCCUUCAGUCUUCUACGUGAGACCUUCUCCUUCUCAAGAACUGCACCGCUGCUCCGAAGAUAGCAGCUCAUUCACAGAUAGAUCCUGGUUAGGUUGGACGAUGGUACCAAGGUUUACAGAAUCGGAUAUUGGACCAUAUUGA